AAGAGUUACUCAUCGCCUAGGAGCGAGGAAAUUAGGAAAAGACGAGGAAGACAUUUAAGUUUUCUGCAGGAUUUACCGUAGAUCCGUGUUUUCCAGCCAGUGUGCCGUGGGAAAUCAUUUCAUUUCCCCUCAUUGGUCUAAAAAACGUUAACCGUUGCCAGAAUUUCAGCUCUGUGUUCAUUCAAACAGGACCAAGUCCCACCCUGAGUAUUUAGCAAUACACAGGUUCUUCAAAGACUUUUUUUUCUCUGCAUUUCAUCUUCAUUCAAUACUAUUUCGUAAGAAUAAAAAUGUGUCCAAACUUUGGUCAACUGCUAGAUAUCAGCAGCAGAUCAUGCAGAAACCCUGCCUUAUCUGCUGCUGAUUACCUGGAUCAGGUGUGUUUAGCCAAUAAGGAGCUUCAAUGGCUGGUUGGUUGGAAAACACGUUGGCCACAGGAACCUGGAGGCCUGGAGUCUCACCCCCCGCCUUAAACUGUCUCUGUCAAUCAUUCUUAGAGGUUUCAUCCUCUACAUCAGACCUGGGCAAACUACGGCCCGCGGGCAACAUCCGGCCCUUCGAACGCCUCUGUCCGGCCUGCAAGAGGCCCGUCAUAAAGAACAUAAGUCAAACAAACAUCUGCCGUCCUUUUGCUUUUAUUUUGAAAUGUGGACUUUUGUUUUGAAAAGCAUUGCUUUACGACAGUUGCGCAUACGUGAGUGAAUGUCAACAGCAACAAAUGAUGCGAGCCAGCUCACCCUCAAGAUGUCAGCACACUCUAAGAAAAGAAAAAUUGAUAAGGAAUGUCGUGUUUUCAAAAAGACAAAUAUUUCUUCACAGAAGUUAAAGGUGAAGCAGUGUGCUUAAUCUGUGGUGCGAAGGUCGCUGUGUUUAAAGAUUAUAAUUUGAAUCGACACUACACGACUAAGCACGAAGAGAAAUACAGAAAUCUGUCUGAUGAAGAACGUGCAAAGGAGUCUGAAGCUUUGCUCCAAAAACUCCAAACACAACAGGGACUUUUGACAAAACUUCACGCACCCAGAAAUGCAGCCGUCAGGACAAGUUUUGUAAUUUCUCACAAAAUUGCGCGGAACAGUAAGCCGUUUUCUGAUGGAGAGUUUGUAAAGGAGUGUUUACUGGACUCUGUUGCGCUGAUAUGCCCGGAGACAAAGAGCGCGUUUGAGAACAUUUCACUGUCCCGACGCACGGUGGCGAGGCGGAUUGAGGACAUCGCGGGAAACUUGGAGCUUCAGCUGAAGAGCAGAGCGGCUGACUUUGACUGUUUCUCUCUGGCGUUGGAUGAGAGCUGCGAUAUACGUGACACCGCCCAGCUACUCAUCUUCUUACGUGGGAUAACUGCAGAGUUUCAAAUCACGGAGGAGCUGGCAGCCAUGCGAUCAAUGAAAGGGACAACCACUGGACAGGACUUGUUCAGAGAGGUAAAUGCAUGUUUGGACAUGUUGGAACUGAAGUGGGACAAACUUGUAGGUGUGACAACAGAUGGCUGUCCAAAUCUGACUGGAAAAAAUGUUGGACUUUUAAAGAGAAUGCAGGAUAAAAUGACAGAAAUUGUGCAGAAGUUGACAUUUUUGCAUUGUAUUAUACAUCAAGAGGUGCUGUGUAAGACAGUGUUAAAAAUGAAACACGUUGUUGAUGUUGUCACCAAAACAGUUAACUUCAUCAGAGCGAGAGCAUUAAAUCACAGACAAUUUGUUGCAUUUUUGGAGGAAAAUGAGAUUGAACAUGGUGACAUAAGAUAUCACUGCACUGUUAGGUGGCUCAGCCUUGGCAAGGUGCUGAAAAGUGUCUGGGACCUGAGAGGCCAGAUUCAGGAUUUCUGUGUUGACAAAGGUCAUGACGUCCCAGAACUUUCAGAUGAAGACUGGGUGGCAGACCUUGGAUUCGCUGUGGAUGUGACUGCACUAAUGAACCAACUAAAUGUCAAACUGCAGUCCAAGGGGCUUUUUGUGCAUGAGAUGUACAGUGCAGUGAAGGCUUUUAUGAGAAAGUUGCAGUUUCUCUCAAGCCAAGUGAAGGACAAUAAUCUGACACACUUGCCAACACUAAAGGAAGCCAAAAGACCAGAGGGUCACCUUCAAAAGUACUCAACCAUGCUAGAAGCACUGCAUGCAGAGUUUUCAAGGCGAUUUCAAGAUUUCAAAACUCUUGAGAGUGAAAUGCAUGUGGUUUCUUCUCCCUUCAACUGCAUUGUGGAUGAUGCACCAAGUGAAGUUCAGAUGGAACUCAUUGAGCUGCAGUCUGAUAUGCUCCUGGCAGAGCGUUUCAGGUCAGUGUCACUGCUGGACUUCUACUCCUCCCUUAAAAAGGAGAACUUUCCACACCUGAGGAGGCAUGCUCAGAAGAUCCUGGUCCUCUUUGGCUCUACCUACCAUUGUGAACAGGCAUUUUCAGUUAUGAAGUUCAACAAAUCCAAACACAGAUCCUCUGUGACUGAUGACCACCUCUCAGCUGUUCUUCGCAUUGCCACUUCAGACAUUCAGCCAGAUUUUUGUGCCCUUGUUCAAGCCCAGAACAGACUGGAUUAUUCUCACUGAAGAGGUAACAUGGAUGGAAAACAUUAAAAGUUAUCGUUUGUUCCACAAUACAUAUGAAUACUGAUGUGUUGCUCUAUUUCUAUAAAUUUGUUAAGUUUGUUGUUGUUCAUUUUUUGGGGAGAUUAACAAGUUAAAAACUGAUAACUGUGAUGGUAUGUUCCCCCUCUCAGGUUGCUAUGUUUUCAUUUUCAAGUCAAGCCAAGUCACAUCUAGUCAAGUCAGUUCUUAGCUUUGUCAAGUCUUAGUUCAUGUUUCUGCUUUGGUUUUGCUUGUCCUGCCCUGCAGUGCCUUUUGUUUAUUUAAAUAAACCUUUAGUUUUUUGGAACCACCUGCCUCCUGUGGCAUUUGCACAGAUUCAAUAAUUGUUUUUGUUUUCCUUUUUGACCUAUAAACCACAAUUUUACAUACCCUGAUAUAAACAUUUACACUUUACAGAAUGCAUUAUUCUUCUGAAUAUCAGUAACAGCUAUUAAAAAUAUUUACUUUAAAAGCAUUUUACAACGGAAGAAAGUUAGUGGCCCUCUUGCACAAUUCAGGUUUCUGAUGUGGCCCCCGGCAAAAAUUAAUUGCCCACCCCUGCUCUACAUCAGUGUUUUUCAACCAGUGUGCCGCG